AUGGACGACGAGGUCAACGUACUCACACUCAAGCCCUUUCGUGAUGUUGUCCAAGAGGCCAGUACGGCCUUGGAAAAUGCUGGCGACAAUGACAUCAUGCGCAAAGCGGCAAAGAAGCUUCUCAGAGAAGGCGAAAAGGCAGUAAAGCUCAUCGAGCCGCAGUGCACCAAGCGACACGCUGAGUAUGGCGACAACUUUCUCAAUGCCCUUCGAGAGAAUGUAUACGGCUUUGACGAAUAUGUCGAGGAAGACGAAUUCGAAGCUGACAAGUACACCGAACUGCAAACCCUCACAAGGGAGGUUGCCCUGAAAAUCUACGAAGUCCUCAUCAACAUGAAACUCGAAGCACUACCGCCUAAAGACAACCCGCCACAGUCAUUUCUCAACGAAUUUUCGCCUCCGUCCUCACCUCUACCCCCGCCAAAUUUUCCGAUACCGCCGACGCCACCUCGAUCCUCAGUUCAAAGCGCGACAAGUGCACCAUCUAGUACACCACCAGCCGCGCCGCUCCGCACAUUCCAGAGUGUCUACUAUGCCAACGAGGAGCUCGAAAACUUUCGCGAUAGACAGCCUAGCAGCGUGCUGGCUCUAGAAGAUGAGCCAGACAACAGCACCUCACCCGUGGCGCCGCCUCCUCAGCAGCCGCCGCCACCUCGCCCACCGUCAGCCAACCCAUGGGAUACCACUGUGGUCGAAUCCAGUGACGAAAUCGCUGCCGCAAUCGGAGGUGAGCCGCUCCCGAGGCGACCGCUUGUGGCACCAGCCUCACCCCUUCCCUCUUCCCGCUCGGCAACAUCACCCAUCAGCCCCGGCCAGCACCGGCUUAGCCCCGCGCUUCAGCGCCGCCCGAUCGCUUCAUCCCCUGGACUUCAACACCGAAAUUCCGAUUUAUAUCCCUAUGAUGAAGCCGAAUGGCGUCGCCUCACAAAUCAGCAGUAUGGCUACCAACCGCAAAGCCCACAACCGAGCCCGCUUCGUGUCCACGCAAAACUAGAAGCCUUUCCUGAGGAAGGUUCGCAUCACAAUGGCGCUGACGAUCAAUCCAUUUCAAGGGCUGAUCAGUUCCAUCACGCGCAUCAAGUGUCUCUAGAAUCUGGCGCAGGUGCUCAUGAACACGACUCGCAACGCGACACAUUUGGCGGCCUUCCACAGCGUCACUCCAGGACAGACUCUGUCGCCGAGAGCAUCCUGGACCCGUAUUUGAGCAACGUGCGCAUAUCAGACCAUUCACGAGAAUCUGCUGGGAACCUGGAUCGCCCACCAAUGAUACCAACUCAGAAUGUAGACGAUGGCCUCAUUGUGGUAGAACCUGACCGUCGACCCUCGGAGCGGGCGCCAACUGUGUCUCAGAGAGAUUGCUCGAUCGGAAGCACUUCGUCUUUUUAUAUUUGCAAAGGAUUUUGCAGCGGGGCCGAGGAGGUCGUGGUUGGUGGGCUCGGCGUCAAGAAGACACGAAGACCAGUGGGCUUUACCGGAACCGCGACAGUGGCGCGCUGCACCGGCUGUUCCUUUGAGUUAUCUUUUCUUGAUAUCGAAAACGACUUGGGUAAACAGAACUGCGGCAACUUGCGGCAAAGCAAUGUCGGAUAUCGCUUGCGAUUCCUUCAAAAGAGUCAUGUGCACACUAAACGUGCAGAUGACAUGAUAUACGGUUGUGUAUUUUGCAUUCGUCUGGGACGCACGAUGGACCCUAGCGAUGCCACCGUCUUCUUCAACGUCAAGUCGCUAUUCAGCCACCUCGCCCGCCAUGCUCGGCCGCUACCUCACGUACCCGGUGUCGUGGUCAUCGACCAGACGGACGUACCUGAACAGUAUCACAACGAUUAUGACCUACACUUCACAGCGCCACCAGUGCCGCACCCCGCGCUGGAACACGAGCAAGAAACGUCCACGAUGCCUACGGGCGUUGCCAGGGAGCCCGCGCGCAGAAUGUACGGCCAGAGACUACUAGCAGAUCGCACGCCUGCUCUCGAGCUAGUGACUGGCUCCAAGGUGACUGGCCUGAGCUGGCCGCCCAAGUACAAUGGAGAGUGGUGCAUGGGCUGGUACGACGGCGUGCACGCCUCUGUCCCCUUGGAUACACUACGGCUAGAGCCUCCGCCGCCACGCGACAUUAGAAUGGAUGGCACGAGCCACUUUCGAGCCAAGGCGAGAUGGAAGUUUGCGUACAAGGACAAGGACAAGACGGAUUGGCUCAAGUUUGAAAAGGGCGAGGUUAUUACCAACAUCAGCUGGGUCUAUCCUGAACACUGGUGCUGGUCUGGCACAAAUGCCAAGGGCAAAUGGGGCAUCUUUCCCCAGGUGUUUCUAGACUCCAACACGGUCCAGGAGCUGUCGGCCGUCGGCUCCCAGAGGGCGAGCAGCCUCAGCAGCGAGAGGAACAAGUCGACGUCCAUCCUGCCGCGUUUUUCCGUCCGCAAGGCGCAGGGCCCGCCGAGCAUUGCGUCGAGCCGAUCUUGA